CAGCAAAGAAUACACAAGCCUGUAGUUUGUCUAUAGUAUAGCUAAUUUACAGUAGCUAUGAACCUGCAGUUUAAAGAUACCAACGUUGCUGAUACAGUCGAGAAGCUUAAGCAGAAAUAUUUGGAGAGGAGGAAACAGUUGCCACCGCCAGAAGACAUUACCUCAGGAAGCAGUGAUGAGGCAUUUCGACAGCUCAUUUUGGUCAACCGAUCCAAACGGCCAAGCAAAGAGUUGAAAUGCUACAGCAAAGCUCUACAUGAGCUGAUCAAAGCGGUUUCUAACCAUCCUUGCCAGUUUGGCAGUGAUCAUGAUCUGCAUGACAGUAAUGAGGACCUGAGUGGAGACUCUACAGCUACCCCGCUUCAGGACUCCCAGGUGCUGUUUACAGAAACAGAUGUGACCUUGCCUUCCUGUCUGGAUGAUAGCCCCGGGUCCCAGGAAAAUGAGACCGACAGGAAGUUGCAGAGAGCUCGCCAACUCCCUGACUCAUGCCGUUCCUCUUCCUUAGUACUAGUGAAGGUGUACCAGGAGAUGAUGACCAUCUACAAACAACUAAAGGCAGAGCGACAAAGCCAGCAGCACUGGGAGAGGGAGCUGCAGGAGCGAGAGAGGAGGCUGAAGCAACAGGAGGAGGCUGUUGGGAGGCUGGUCAGGCUGGAGGAGAUGCUCCACUCUGGCAUACCAGCUGUAGAGGAGAAACACCAGCAAGAGGUGAGCCGGCUGCAGGAGCUUCUUCGAGAGAGGAGCAAGGAGAACCGGAGGCUGAAGUCCAGCUUUGACACUAUCAAGGAGCUGAAUGACACCAUGAAGAAACAGUUGAAUGAGAUCAAUGAACAGAAUAAAACGUUGGAGAGUCAAUCCAAGAGGGUGCAGGCUCGACUUGAGAACCUACAAAGGAAAUAUGAGCACGGCGCAGCAUCGAGAAGCUGUCAGAAAGUGAGCGUGACGAGCACAGAGUGUGUUAAACCAUCCAGAACGUCUGCCUCUGGAAAACCCUGCACCAAGGGCAGCUCGUGUCCCACCCCACUAAAGCUCCUGGCCCUUCUACUGGACUGGGUACUCGAUGGACAGACGUUCUCAUUAGUAGCAGGAAAGGAAGGGAAAGAUGUCGGCCGGUGUCUGCCUCCAGAGGUCGUACUCGACGAGAGAUGCCUUAAGGUGCUGCCGUUAUUGGCAGAACAGCUUCAUCGCACUCCUCCGUCGGAACCUGACCUGCUCCUCAACCUUCUUCGUCUCAUCCACUGGGCUUUGAGACACACGGACAGCAGCAGACCGCAUGUAGCACUAUCUGCCACUCUGCGGCGGAUAGGAGAGGAAGUAUCAAAGCCCCCCGCACAGUUAACAGGGCCUCAGUCUGAUUAUCCAGACCUGCCCACCCACAGUGGACCCAGCCGGAGCCGGCCCCUUUACCGCAGCCCCUGUCCUCACACACGCAUCCUCUCCACCCUCAUCAUCCUCCGCACUGUCACACAAGCUGAUGUUCUUGCGCAGGUUCUGGACGGUCUCCGCACCGAGCUGAUGUCUGAGGAGAGUCGUCGCCGAUUCCUCCGCUGUGGAGGCGUGUGUGUGCUGCUUUCAAUGAUUCGGGCCGGCCGUGGUGGUCUGCACACACCCGUAGACAUCCUCAUGCAGCUCACUGAACAGUCCUGCUACUUAAAUCCCUUCCUGGAGGCAUGUAGCUGUGAAGAGUUUUUCCAAACGGCCGCCCAGCUUCUUAAAAACCCUCGUGUGGAGCUCCCGACGCUGGAGAAGCUCUCCAUCCUUCUGCAGAAGCUCUCCAGCAUCAGGAAGAACCGUCGUCUGUUUGAAUGGUCCUCCCUCCGCCUCCAAAUACAAGAACUUAAUCACAACGCCAACCACACACACAUCUUCCUCUGCCUCAACCUCAGGUCCAUCCUCCACAACCUCAAAUAAUAACACACACACACACACACACACACACACACACACACACACACACACACACACACUCACAUGUGUUUCUCUGCCCCAUGCUCGAGUAAAGGCCUCCUUAACAGUUCAGACUUGCCAGUAAAGAUAAAGAUGACUUGCUCUGUGUUUCAGUACUUCAGCAUGUUGCUGGCUCUUUCUAUUUUAGUGUUGUGUGUGUUUUGCAUCUGUUUUUAUGUUGCACAAUGCUAAUGCUCAUGUCUUGUCUCCCUUUCUGUCACGUUUGCCUUAAUGGUUGUCUGAUGUGCUCAGAGGAAGAGUGUGUGACUGUGAAGCUUUCUAAUGGCAAUAAACAAAAACAACUGAAGGACAUUAAGACCGGACUGCAUAUGAAAUGUUGAAAUCCAUAUGUUUUGUAUAAACGCGUCUUAUUUGUUUGU